AUGACAAACAUAUGGAGAUUUGUUGCGAUUGUGGUCCUCGCCACCUGGAUGACAGCUGAAGAAUCGAUCACGGAAUAUACUACGGCUACCACGACGGAAUCCACGACGGAACCAACGAAACCCGCAACGACCACCACUGCUGGUACCACUGGGUUGGUCAAAACAAAUGCGCUGUUUUGGAGUUCUUUGUUAUCGAUUGCUAUGAUGUUGACCAAUUAA